GAAGACUUCCGGUCCAUGCCCCAUCACAGAAGAAUAUCAUCCCGCGGUACACAUUUUUGAGCACCAUCAAACUGUUAGCCAUUAAACAGAUAUUAAAAUAGAUCUGUAAAAAUAUGAACUACUCCGACUACGACUCUGACGGGUACUCCUCCAACGAAGACGCAGACUACGUCCCUUCAGAUGGAAGCCUGAGUGAAGAUGACAUAAAUGAAUGUGAAAAAGAGGAUCCCCUGCAUGAGGAUGAAGAGGUGCCACAUCCUGGUAGUGUUCACAAGAGCAAAAAGAAAAAGAAGGACAAGAAUCUGAGCCGAAAGAGGAAAAAGGGGAUUUUUAAAGUGGAAAAUGCAGACAAAGAUCAAGUUGAAGAGACCAAUCAGCCUCCAAAUGAAGAGCCACCUGCUCAGCUGCAGCAAGAGGAAGAUGAGGCCAAACAGAAGAAAAAGUCAGAUGACCUAUGGGCCAGUUUUCUGUUUGAUGUUGGUUCUAGGCCAAAGCUGAGCACAGCGGCCACAGACUCUGAUACCACAUCCAAGCGGGACACACAGACUUCCACUGUCAAAGUAGCUUCUCCAAAGGCAGAGACAAAACCUUCUGAACCUGCAAAAGUGACUAUUACAAAAGUGUUUGACUUUGCUGGGGAAGAAGUCAGGGUGAACGAAGAAGUAGCAGCAGACUCUCAAGAAGCCAGGAGAUUCUUAAAGAGUCAGAGCUCUCCACAGGAGAACAAAGAAACAGAGGAAGAGUGCUCGUCACCAAGUCCAUCUUCUGUCACUGUCUCAAGUGGUGUGAAGAGGCCAGCGGGUUUAUCUAAAAUUCUUGGUCGUAUUGGAGGGAAAAAGCAGAAAAUGAGUACGCUAGAGAAGUCUAAGAUGGAUUGGGACGCAUUCAAAUCAGAGGAAGGCAUCAGUGAAGAGCUGGCCAUUCACAACAGAGGCCGAGAGGGAUAUGUGGAGCGGAAGAACUUCUUGGAGCGCGUUGACCACCGACAGUUCGAGAUAGAAAAAACGGUGCGGCUGAGCAACAUGAAGCGAUGACAUAGACUGACAUUGGCACAUCAGAGGAGGGGACACUUUCUCUCAUUUUGCAACUACUGGAUUUCUGCUGUCCCCUAUGAGGCACUCAGCUGCUGCUCAAGUGUGGAGGAUUUGAACAUUUUUGUCACAGGUUUUAGCAGAUUUCUGCAAAGUACUAAAAUGUACUAAGGGCAAAACACACCAGAUUUUUUGUUUAUUUGGUUGACAUUGUCAAAGUAUAAGUUAACCUAUUUCUUUGUGAAAUGCACAGUGCCCUUUUGAUGAAACCAGUUUUUCCAUAAGCUUAAAUGUUAAAUAUGUUGGUUCUUACUAGCGUUUGGUUAUCGGCUAAUCGUGUCAUAAAGUUGGAUUAAAACAGUUUGUAUGGUCAUC